AUGUCACGCCUAGGAUCCGGAUAUGAUGGAUGGAGCAACGACGAUUCAGGGCGGGAAUAUGGGUCACGGCGACAGAAGGUGAUGGGGUAUUUGAAAGCUGCAAACGACCUGCGUCAGACGUAUACGGCGCAGAUCUCACAGAAAUGGCAAGAUUCGUAUGGUGAUACUAGCGUUGAUGCUCCGGGGGCUUUCCCUGACGUCGACAUUGCGCGGUCUGGGGAUGAAGAAAUGGUCAUUUUUCCAAGUUAUGCUCGAAGACAUGUGAAGAGGAAUCGAAGCGUAGGCACGCAACCCCAACCAAUGCCAGGCACACACGAAGAUAUCAAUCGGCCGAACUCGCCAGGGAGUAUGGAGUAUUGGAAAAAGGAGUGGGAAAAGUAUGAGGAUGACAAUGCGAUUGUAGAUAUCGAUAUUCGCGGCUGGUUAUACAACCCGCAGCGAGGACCACUGAAUCGAAAGCAUCGCUUAUUGAUUGCACUUGCAAGGAAACUCAGUGGGAUACCGGCUCCCUCAACUAUUCCGAGCAACUCUAUACAACAAAGAGUUGAAAGAAGGGAAGAUGAGGACGUCAGCAGAGAAGCCCAAUCAAUCAUCAACAAAGGCGAACAUGAUGCAGAUUCAGCGUGGAGAAAUAAUCGAUCUGGGGAGAAUAGUGACUCAGACGCCCCGGGACGAAUUUCGCGAGCAUCUACAACUUCAUCUCUGAAUAAGGAUGAUUUGUCCAUUGCUAAUGCACGACUCAUGGAGAGGCUAAGGCCGUUUAUGAACUCUCCGAUGGUUGGUGGUGCAAUCACUUUGUUUUUCUUUAAUGACGAGGAGAGUCAGUCGCGGACAACACUGACAGAUGACUCGGGCCAUUUUAAUAUCCGAACUGCUUUGGAAUUUGUACCCACUCAUGUAAGGAUACUGGCAUCCGAGUCGUUGUCGGUCACUGAAGAGAUUCGCGUGAUUAAACCCACGGGAGUGAGUCUGAUCAGUGAUAUUGAUGACACAAUCAAACACUCGGCUAUUUCCAGUGGAGCGAAGGAGAUUUUCCGAAACACCUUUGUUCGCGAGCUAGAUGAGUUGACCGUCGAAGGCGUUAGGGAGUGGUACAACAAAUUAGCAGAAAUGGGCGUUAACAUACACUACGUGUCGAAUUCUCCGUGGCAGAUCUAUCCUCUGUUGAAGAGCUACUUCAAGCUAGCAGGGCUGCCACCGGGAUCUUUCCAUUUGAAGCAGUACAGCGGAAUGUUGCAGGGAAUUUUUGAGCCCACUGCGGAGCGAAAACGGGCGUCUUUAGAAAAGAUUAUGCGAGACUUUCCAGAGCGACGGUUUAUUCUAGUCGGCGACAGUGGUGAGGCCGAUUUAGAGGUGUAUACUGAGGUGGUUCAGGAGUAUCCAGGAAGGGUCUUGGGCGUAUUUAUUCGUGACGUGACGACAACGGAGAAGAAGGAUUUCUUUGACAGGUCAUUUGAUCAGACGAGACCCAGCUACAGGAGAACGGCCUCCUCAUCACCUGUAAUCAAAGAUCAAUCGGAUUCAAUCCGCAACAGACCGAUAUUGCCCCCGCGAAAUGUGUCUGGGGCUAAGUCAACCAACAAUGAAGACUUGAUCAAUUUUGAUGAUACAUCAAGCGAGAAUGAGGCUCCAGAUAAUACUACCGCCAAACAACCUCCAACAAAGCCGUCUAAACCAUCAGCCUUACGAACAGCAUCUACUUUACCAAUCUCAACUUCCGAGCAAAAGUCAGAAACUAUACGGCGGAAACCAGCACCGCCUCUUCCAGGAAAACCACGCGGACUUUCGGUUUCUCAGAAAGAUCCAGUGAAAGAAAACUCAUCGAAGGUACCACCGUUACCGCAACGAAAACCUACCUUUGAGAAUGAUGCCUAUACGAACACCGUGAAAAAUGCAGCUUUGCAUGCUUACAACAACCUCCCUUCUACCAAAGACACUAUAGACACCCUCUCUCGUUUUUCGCUGAAAGAAACAGCAGCAGCAUCGCAAGAAAGUACAUCAUCAAAACGCGGGACACCACCUCCUCCCCCACCACCUCGUCGUGCGGCGAACAGCACACCUAGCAACAACUCUAACAAUAAUGAGAAACGGAAUGCCGCUGAUACUCCGCCCAAACUACCAUCUAGACAGAACACACCACUAUCAUCAUCUUUGACACCCAGCGCCAGUAACACCAGGCUAAACUCCAAUCAGAACCAGGACUACGAAUCCGGUCUAGCAUACUACGACCCUGUAGAUGGCCCUCCACAGCUUAACAAGCGCGAAGAACUAUGGAAGCGUCGCUGGGAACGUGCGCAACAUAUUCUUUCCGAUCAUGGUGUGGUACUGGGAAGUUGGAGGGUUGGUAAUGACGCGCAGGAUAUUACGACUUGGUUGGUUGAAGAUGCUUUGAAGAAAAUGGAAAAGCAGGUGGGUCAUGAUGAAAAGACAUGA